UGAUCUUGAAGAACCGCCAGACAAUGAAGUGAGUGGACCCUUGAAGUUGAAGGAGGCGUGUCGCCCAGGAUCGACCGGAACUAAGGUACCGGGUAUCACUGGACGGGACUUCGGAAUUUGCCGUGCAGAGCACACUGGGACGGGACUUUCGAAUUUGCAGCGUGGAGCGCACUGGGCGCUUACUUCCGCAUUUGACGGGAGGGACGCAGAAGACGCGGAGACAGAAGUGAGGAGAGCGGACGAAGGCCCUCAAGCAGGACGAGCAGCAGGGAGGACAGUAGACGAGCAGACAGCACGAGCUCCCCAGGGAGGUGGCGAGACGGUGAAGUACCGCGGACCAGGCGAGGAGCAAGUGAACGAGACGAGUAGACUGGGAGCGAGCAGGAAUUGACGGAAGCUGGGUCUGAGGAGAACUAGCGAGUGUAUUAAUUGAGUAAUAAAUAGGAGACGGGCGCAUUGGGGCGUACGGAUCCGGCGCGGUGACAAGUAGUUACCGUCAGCCAACGAGUCUUCAUUGAGCUGAGCACAAAAGGACGGCCGCAGCUCAGCUAUACGACUUGCCUAACAACCGGGCAAGAUAAGUGGCCUGUUACACCGAUAUCAAAAAAUAACUGAAGUAAAUUCUCUGAAGCCUUCACCCGACACUAUGCUAAACGGCCGCAUAUCCGUGCAGCACAUGUACGCAGCAGCCUAGAUAACACGCUUUUUAUCAGCGGUAGACACCUCGGCUUUGUCCAGAAACUGCACUAAGCUCCCAGUGUUCGCUGGAGCACUUGUACAUUUGUUCAUGUGCUCGUUUAAUGUUUUGGUUCCAUUUACUGGAAUGAAUGCAUACACCUUUACACAUGUGUUACAGGAAACGAAGCUGUUGUUACAAGCCAUGAAAACAACACCUUUCUUCUUUUCAUACACGUGGCAAAACUGCGUCCAGCAUCUAGCCUUCGAGUUUGCAUCGUCACGUAAAGAAAAAAUCGAGUUAUGUACUUGCUGAUUCAAAAUGCG